AUGGCAAGCUUCUUCCAGCAGUCAUUGGCGACGGGAUGGAGCUUCAAGGACGCCGAGGAUAACUCUGCGGAGGCCUGGAUGCCGGUCGCACAAGUCCCCUCCGUGGUGCAUCAAGAUCUGAUAGCCAAUAACAAGCUACAGGAUCCCUACGUUGGGUUUCGCGAGCUGGAUGCGAGAUGGGUGAAUGAGAAAUCAUGGACCUACCGCACCGUCUUUCAGAAGCCCGCCGUUCCCGCGGGGUCGUCCGUGAUUCUCGCGUUUGACGGUCUGGAUACUUUCGCCAAAGUCAAACUGAACGGAAAUGUCAUCCUGGAGAGCAACAACAUGUUCCUAGCUCAUCGCAUUGAUGUGACCAAAGCCCUCGGGGCGGACGGGGACCAUGUAUUGGAAAUCGAUUUUGACUGUGCCAUGCUGCGCGCACGGGAGCUGCGCGCCAAAGACCCUCAGCACAAGUGGGUAGGGUUCAACGGUGACCCCGCCCGCAUGGGAGUGCGGAAGGCUCAAUAUCACUGGGGCUGGGACUGGGGUCCGGUCCUAAUGACCGCAGGCAUCUGGCGCGAUGUGCGGCUGGAGGUGUACACCGCGAGAGUGGCGGACCUCUGGACGGAGACGGACUUGGCUGUAGACCAUCAUGCCGCGCAAAUCUCUGCCUUCGCACAGGUCGAAGGUGCUAUUUCCUCGUCCAAGGUCAACUUUAUUCUAAGCCUUCAUGGUCAGGAAGUCGCUCGUGCCGUGGCAGAGCCCCAGGACCAGGUUGCAAAAGUGGCGUUUGACGUGCAACAACCCUCCCUGUGGUGGCCCAAUGGGUACGGAGAUCCUACCCUGUAUGAGAUCUCAGCUACCUUGGACCAAGACGGUGCCACUGUCCACCAGAUCUCCAAGAAGAUCGGUAUCCGGACAGCAGAGGUCGUGCAGCGACCUGACAAGCAUGGAAAGUCUUUCUUCUUCCGCAUCAACGGCGUGGACAUUUUCUGUGGUGGCUCCUGCUGGAUUCCUGCGGAUAACCUCCUUCCAAGCAUUAGUGCUGAACGCUACCGCAAGUGGAUCGAGUUGAUGGUCCAUGGCCGGCAGGUGAUGAUCCGUGUGUGGGGAGGAGGCUGCUACGAAGAUGAUAGUUUCUAUCAAGCAUGCGAUGAACUGGGUGUCAUGGUGUGGCAGGACUUCAUGUUCGGCUGUGGAAACUACCCGACCUGGCCGGAGAUGCUCGAAUCUGUGGAGAAGGAGGCCAUCUAUAAUGUCCGCCGUCUGCGCCACCAUCCCUCGAUUGUCGUCUAUGUCGGAAACAAUGAAGAUUACCAGGUACAGGAGCAGCAAGGCCUGACCUAUAACUUUGAAGACAAGGAUCCGCAAAACUGGCUGAAAUCCGACUUCCCUGCUCGUUAUAUCUACGAGAAGAUCCUUCCCGAGGUGGUCCAGAGAUACUCUCCCAGCACCUUCUACCAUCCCGGUAGUCCCUGGGGUGAUGGCAAGAUCACUUCCGAUCCCACGGUUGGAGAUAUGCACCAGUGGAACGUCUGGCACGGUACACAGGAGAAAUACCAGAUCUUCGACACCCUGGGUGGUCGGUUCAACAGUGAAUUCGGUAUGGAGGCAUUCCCCCAUAUGUCCACCAUUGAGUACUUUGUCGAAAACGAGAAAGACAAGUACCCUCAGUCGCACGUUCUGGACUUCCACAACAAGGCCGACGGCCAUGAGCGCAGGAUCGCCACGUACCUUGUUGAGAACCUGAGAACCGCGACGGAUCUAGAGACAUACAUCUACCUCACUCAAGUGGUCCAAGCAGAGACCAUGAUGUUUGGAUACCGCGGAUGGCGUCGCCAGUGGGGCGACGAAAGACACUGCGGUGGUGCUCUGCUUUGGCAACUGAACGACUGCUGGCCAACCAUCUCGUGGGCCAUCGUGGACUAUUUCCUCCGGCCCAAGCCUGCAUUCUACGCGGUCGCCCGUGUGCUCAACCCCAUUGCGGUGGGUGUGCGCCGUGAACACCAUGACUGGAGUGUGACCCACGCACAGCCCCCCAAGAAGAGCAAGUUCGAGCUCUGGGUCGCCAGUAACCUGCAAAAGGAGACACGCGGCAUGGUGGAACUGAAGUUCUUGUCUGUGGACACCGGCCGCGAGAUCCGCGAACGCAUCGUUCGCGAGGAUGUGAUCAUCGUCCCCAACGGCACGACGGAUAUCAUUGUCGAUGGAGUCAUCGACCACCAGGAGUAUGCGGAGCCGCACGUCCUGGCGGCGCGGCUGUGGGUUGACGGCAAGAUCGUGGCGCGCGACGUGGACUGGCCUCAGCCGUUCAAGUACCUGGAUCUGUCCGGGCGCGGCCUGGAGGUCAAGACGGUAUCGACGUCGGAUGAUCAACAGACCUUGCUGAUCAGCGCGCAGAAGCCGGUGAAAUGCCUCGUGUUUGAGGAGAGAGACGGGGUCCGGCCGCAACUCAUCUUCUGUCACCGCAAACACCACCAACUUCCUCCCGCUCUCCAAUUCCCUCUCAAUUCCUCUGUAACCACCGCAUGGCGGGUACCAAACGCUCCUGGGAAGGCAGAGAACUCCGCAUCUCCGACUCCCCCGCACAGUCCGCCAUGGCCUCCACGACCGACUCCGCGACGCAAAUCCAGUCGAUUUUCUCGACCUUCCGCGACGAGCUGGACCAGCACCACGACCGGCGCGAGCGAGUCAUCAAGACGUCGCGGGACAUCACCGCCCUCAGCAAGAAGAUUCCGAACCAUCCACGCCCCGAUCCCGCCCUCCAUCGCCAAAGAAACCUCCUCCCGCUUCGCCCAAAUCACCGACCUCUUCCGCGCCGUCAUCCCAGACGUCACCGGCGUCAACCGCUGGCGCUACCAGCGCCAGCUCAGCGGCGCCAUCCAGGAGUUCAUCGAGGCCCUCUCCUUCCACCACUACCUCGAGCACCAGCGUCUGAUUACCCGCGCCGAAGUCGCUGCCCAUCUCCCCGAGGAGAUCCUUGUUACCGAGGAGGACUACCUUUUGGGUCUGUUUGAUCUGACUGGUGAGAUGAUGCGGUUCGCUGUGACGGCGUUGUCGGGCGGGGGGCAGAAAGGUGACACCGACAAGGAUAAGGAGACUGGGGGAGAUGCGCAUGUGGAUGGGAGUUUGUCGCAUGGCCCGCGACUACAGGAUAGUCAGGCGGGCCUUGUGGUUGACCUGCGCGAGAUGCGGUCGCUGUUUGAGGCGCUGAGCGUGCCGCGCCGACAUAACAUGCUGCGCGACAUGGGGAAGAAGGUCGAUGUCAUGCAGAGUAGUGUUGAGAAGGUGGAGCGCGCGGCGUAUGGGAUUCUGGUGCGCGGAAGUGAGCGGCCGGCUGGGUGGAGGCCGGAUUUGUCGGUGGUUGAGACCGAGUAUUGA